AUGGCUGACACAAAUCCAUGCCCCCCACCUUGUCAAUUCCCAGCAAUCGACAAAUGCAGAUCGGACGGCCGGGAACACGACACGGUGGUUGCUGACAUGGACGGAACCUUGCUGGUGGGCCGCAGCUCAUUCCCUUACUUCGCACUUGUGGCCUUCGAGGUCGGCGGGAUUUUCCGGCUUCUCUUCCUAAUCCUAGCCGCUCCCCUCGCCGGACUUCUCUACUAUUUCAUCUCGGAGUCCGCCGGGAUUCGCGUGCUGGUUUUCGCGACGUUCGCCGGAAUGAGAGUCGCCGACAUCGAGUCGGUGGCGCGUGCCGUCCUGCCCAAGUUUUAUUCCGGCGACUUGCACCCGGAGACGUGGCGGGUUUUCUCGUCCUGUGGGAAGAGAUGCGUGCUCACUGCGAAUCCGAGGAUCAUGGUGGAGGCUUUCCUGAAGGAGUAUUUGGGCGCUGAUAUGGUUAUUGGGACAGAGAUUUCUACGUUUAAGGGUAGAGCUACGGGGUUGGUAAAUGAACCUGGAAUUCUGGUCGCCAAGAACAAAGCCGAUGCUCUCCAAAAUGCCUUUGCCUCGUCGCCACCUCCAGAUGUUGGAAUUGGUGAUCGCAUGACUGAUUUUCCUUUCAUGAAAUUAUGCAAGGAAAGUUACAUGGUACCACCAAAUCCAAAGGUGAAGCCACUGAGCAUUGACAAAUUACCAAAGCCAAUAGUUUUCCACGACGGCCGGCUGGUUCAAAAACCCAGUCCCCUAAUGGCACUCUUGAUAGUUCUAUGGAUCCCAGUAGGCUUCCUUCUUGCGUGCAUGAGAAUCGCCGCCGGAGCACUCCUCCCAAUGCCGCUAGUUUACUACGCAUUCUGGGCACUGGGCGUGAGAGUCACCGUGAAAGGCACCCCUCCGCCGCCUGCUUCAAAAUCCACCGGCCAAACAGGGGUCCUCUUCGUUUGCUCACACCGAACACUCCUCGACCCAAUCUUCCUCUCCACCGCCCUGGGCCGCCCAAUCCCGGCGGUCACCUACUCCCUCUCACGCCUCUCCGAGAUCAUAUCCCCCAUCAAGACCGUCCGGCUCAGCCGCGACCGCGUCACCGACGCUAACAUGAUCAAGAAGUUGUUAGAAGAAGGGGACUUGGCCAUAUGCCCGGAAGGAACCACGUGCCGAGAACCGUUCUUGCUCCGAUUCUCCGCCUUGUUCGCCGAGCUGACGGACGAGCUGGUGCCGGUGGCGAUGUCGAACAGAAUGAGCAUGUUCCACGGCACGACGGCGAGAGGGUGGAAAGGAAUGGACCCUUUCUACUUCUUCAUGAACCCCAGCCCUGCCUACCAAGUCAAUUUCUUAAACAAGUUGCCGGCGCACCUCACUUGCGGCGCCGGAAAAUCAAGCCACGAUGUUGCCAAUUACAUACAGAGGACGAUUGCGGCGACAUUAUCGUACGAGUGCACCAGCUUUACUAGGAAGGACAAGUAUGGAGCUUUGGCCGGAAAUGAUGGAACCGUAAAUCACAAGCCGGGACUUGCACCCAACAAAGCCAUGGGAUGUUAA